UGUAAUUUACUACGAACACUAUGAAGUACAUUCAUAACUUUUCUGCUUGACGACAUUUUUUCGGACAGAAAUUGCAUAAGGAAGAAUGUGCGUUUCUUCCUCAUUUCCCAAAACAAAUUAUUUAUCGUGCUGGGUGUCCCGAAUCUUCGCCGUGCGACUGUUCUUUGCUCACGAGAGUGACAUUUCGAGGGGAAAAAUAUGGCGUUCUGUGAGAGUGGUUUUGUGUUGUGCGGAAAAAAUUGAUGAAAACCGUGGAAAAUCUGCAAAUAUCGGCUGGAAAAUACUUGAAAAAGAAGUCUAAGGUGCUGUUUCAUGUGUUUGUGGUGUGAGAUUCUGGAAAAUUCACGUGGAAAUAUGGGAAAAUAGAAAUUAUUGCCUGUGCUUGUUGUUCUCUCAAGUGUCAAAUUGACGGAAGGGGUUUUUCUCGAUUUUUCCGUGAAAAAUCCCUCAAGACUGACCAAGUAGCACUUUCACAGCGUCCAAGACAGCGUUUACCACUGACUCUGGUGCCGUGAAAGUCACCAAGAUGAGCACAAAUCAGCAGAAUAAUGGAAAUACGAAUCAGCACAAUGGCAACAACAACAAUCCAACAGGCAGUUUGGAGAGAGGAAGCUGCAUCCUGUUCCGCUACGCGAGUCAGAAUUCACUGGACGAGAGCUCGCAGAAGCAGAUUCCACGGACGAAUGCCAAAGACAAGGCGACUGGCUCAUACAGGAAUCAACAGCAUACAGACAGAUGCUUCGACAAGAUGAACGAGAUGAGGAGGCAAAACCUCCUCUGUGACAUCAUUCUUGUGGCCGAAGACAUCGAAAUCCCAGCGCACAGGAUGGUCUUGGCAGCUUGCAGUCCCUACUUCUACGCCAUGUUCACGGGCUUCGAGGAGUCGCGACAGGAUCGAAUAACACUGCAAGGAGUGGAUUAUCACGCCCUCCAGCUGCUCAUUGAGUACGUCUACACAUCUGUUGUGGAAGUGACUGAGGAAAAUGUGCAAGUUCUGCUCACGGCGGCCAACUUGCUGCAGCUCAACGAUGUCCGGGAUGCCUGUUGCGAUUACCUCCAAUCGCAGCUGGAUCCCAGCAAUUGUCUGGGCAUCAGAGACUUCGCCGACAUGCACGGAUGCAUUGAAUUGCUGAAUCAUGCUGACGCUUACGUUGAGCAACACUUUGCCGAAGUGGUGCAGUUCGACGAAUUCCUGAAUCUCACUCACGAGCAAGUGGCCAAUCUCAUCUCCAGUGACAGGAUCUCAGUGCCAUCCGAGGAGAAGGUGUUCGAGUGCGUUGUGGCGUGGAUUAACUACGACGGACCAGUGAGGCAGCAGUAUUUAGCGGGUCUAAUGGAGUACGUGAGACUGCCGCUCCUGUCGCAAGAAUACUUGGUGCAGCGCGUGGAGAAGGAACCCCUGCUCAAGGGAGAUAUCCAAUGCAAAGACUACCUCAUUGAGGCGCUGAAGUAUCAUUUGCUUAAAGGAGAGAUUAAGGCUUCAUUCAAGACCCCGAGAACGAUUCCUCGUCAGCCUGUUGGACUGCCCAAAGUGCUCUUGGUGAUCGGAGGGCAGGCGCCAAAGGCCAUCAGAUCGGUGGAGUGUUAUGACUUGAGGGAGGAGAAGUGGUAUCAGGCUGCAGAAAUGCCCACCAGACGCUGCAGGGCUGGUCUGGCUGUCCUUGGCGAUCGAGUUUAUGCUGUUGGUGGUUUCAAUGGAUCACUCAGAGUGCGCACAGUUGAUGUUUACGAUCCCGCAACGGAUUCAUGGUCCACUUGCAACAGUAUGGAAGCUCGCAGAUCCACUUUGGGAGUCGCUGUGCUCAAUGGAUUCAUCUAUGCGGUUGGUGGCUUCGACGGAUCUACUGGGUUGUCGUCAGCGGAGUUUUACGAUCCGCGGAAGCAGGAGUGGCGCAUGAUUGCGUCGAUGUCCAUUCGGAGGAGUUCAGUGGGCGUGGGAGUGGUCAAUCAGCUGCUCUAUGCCGUUGGAGGAUAUGACGGGGCCUCGAGGCAGUGCCUGGCGAGCGUUGAGCGCUACAAUCCGGCCACGGAUGAGUGGUCUCAGGUGGCAGAGAUGAAGGCUAGGAGGAGUGGAGCUGGUGUGGGAGUGCUUGACAACAUUUUGUAUGCUGUUGGCGGCCACGAUGGGCCGCAGGUGCGGAAGUCAGUUGAGGCGUAUAAUCCGGAGAGGAAUGUGUGGUAUCCUGUGGCCGAUAUGUCCUUCUGUCGACGUAAUGCCGGCGUGAUUGCCCACGAUGGACUGUUGUACGUUGUUGGCGGAGAUGAUGGCACGUCGAAUCUCUCGUCCGUGGAAGUGUAUUGUCCGGAGAAUGACACGUGGCGCACGCUGACCGCCAGCAUGGGCAUCGGCCGAAGCUAUGCUGGUGUGUGUAUAAUUGAUAAGCCCAUGUGAAUAGAGCAGCAGGGCGCAGCGGCGCGGUAUGCAAACUGUGGUGAUGAGGAGAACAGCCAGGCCGAAGGAUCUGGCAAUGAAGGUGCUGUGGGCUAUGCCCAGAACACCCCAUCGAAUGUCACCCAAAAUUCCUCGAAUCCACACUACGAGAACAUCUAUGAGUCGAUCGACCAAUAUGCUGCCGCUCCAGCUGCCCCUGCUGCUGAUGCCCACGAGGCCCACUCUUUCCGGAUACAACCACAACGCUCAGGCUUUCGCAAUGAACUGUACGACCGCACGGCGGGAUACGAUGUGCCGCGCCAAUUGAGAGGGAGUUUCGCCGCCAAUACGAUUGGAAACACAAGAAGAGCCAAUCUACAUCUGGAUCUCAAUCCCAAUCGGCCCAGGUACACAUCGGCCAGCCGGCCUCAUCGCCAGAGGAGCUUCGACGACACAGAGUCCUAUCACUACAACAACUAUAUCAGAUAUGAGAACAUCUACGAGCAGAUUCGAGAGGAUCCCAUCUACAGACAGAGCAGUUCCGCCUCUGGCUCCAGGGUUUAUGGACGUUUGGACGUUAUUGGCCAUGGAAUAGGCAGGAUUGAGCGUCAUCUGAGCUCCUCGUGUGGCAAUAUUGAUCACUACAACCUCGGAGGGCAUUAUGCUGUUCUGGGGCAUUCCCACCUCGGCACUGUAGGCCACAUUCGCCUGAAUGCCAGCUCUGGCGCAAAGUGCUGUGACACAAAAGACAAUGCAAACGGAGUCAAGAGCAGCUACAGCUUCUUCAGUUGUCUGGGAGGUGAGAAUUCGCAGAGCAUGAACAACAUCCAUCGGGCAACUAAUGGCAAUAACACCGCUCCGUCUGUUGGAGGAACAUUCCCAGUGCAGAGACCCACAGGCGCCAUUCCGAAGCAUUCGAAGGGCAAGAAUAAGCAAACCUCCUCAAAUCACACCUCGACACUCAAUCGCAUCUCCAAGUCAUCGCUGCAAUGGCUGCUGGUGAACAAGUGGCUGCCGCUGUGGAUCGGCCAGGGGCCGGACUACAAGAUUAUCGACUUCAACUUCAUGUUUUCCCGGAAUUGCGAAGGAUGUGGCGAUGCUGGGAGUCAUCAGCAGGGCUUGGUGCGCUUCAAUGGCCAGGCCGAGAUGCGUCCUCGGGCAGACACGGAGGGACAACGUCGACUGGUGUGCAACAAUCAGUCGGUGGCCAGAGUCCGGGAGUGUGAGUAUGGGAACAGGAGGGAUUUGUGGCCGGAAUCCCCGCCUCGGGCGCAUCGGCAGCAAUCUCCGUUCCUGAGGGCGCGAUCUGAGAGUCCCAGCUUCGCUCAGAGGGCCAAUAUGGCGGACCCAUUCCGGAAUUGGGAGCUGAACACAGAGAAUAACAGCUUCAGGCCAGCCAAUGGACGCGUGAGGAAUGUGAAAAGAAUCACGGACGGCACUUUCAGGAGCAAGGACUUGAGGGAGUCCCAGUCGUCGCCUGUCCCCUCGACGUCUCGCGGAGUGGUUAGAAGUGCUAAUGUGUCCUCGGAUGAGGAGAGGACUCCGCCCCAGUCGAUUGGCAUUGCCAAGGGAAGGGCCGCAGAUGAGAACGCGUCUUCGUCGUCAGAGUCAAUGAGGACGGCCGAGAGGGAGGCGAUGGAGGGCAGCAGCGAUGAUUCUCUGGGAGCCACAGCUUCCUGCCAGCAAAUCUCAACAUGUGAACUCGAUGUGAACUCCGACAAUGCCGAGGAGGAUCAAAUUGACGAUGAUGACUUUCCGGAGAGUGACGAAGUGACUCCGACAGAAUCGAAGUGAGAUCGACAAGCUCUCUAAAUUUGAUGAGGUAACGAAUUUUUAAUCCACUUAUCUACUCUCGCACACUUCAUGUGUUUUAAAAUUCUCAUGUUCGUAAUGGAGUGUGCAACAGACUUAAAGUUCUUAGCAGAUCAGUCCCACUUCUGGCGCCAAAUAUUAAUGCAUUGCCCAUGUGGGAGUAGAUUUAGCAUUGCAUACUUUGACCCUUUUGAAGGAAGCAUCGCAUACCCUAGAAAAUAUCUUGUUUAUCGUGUGAUAGAUAGAAGUUGUGGUAGUUGAAAAGCAUGCAUAACGAACAUAAAUAUGUCAUAAUUAAUCAUAGUGUGUGAGGUAAAAUAAUCCAACGCAUUUUAUUGAACUCUUUCCGAUGAUGUUGGCGUGCUUACGCGACGUGUCGCGGGAAAAAAUUAAAGAAUUUGUGUAUGAAUCUUUGUACCAUUUUUUUAGCAAUUAUAAAAUGACAAUUUUUGUGCAUUUGCGACACGCCGCGCAAGAUCACGUAUCGCAAAGCCUUUACGACGGGUCUUUUGCCAACAGUGCUUCACUUUGAGUGACUGAGUAAUUCAUUAUUAAGUUAUCUACUGCAAAAAUACUCUCUCAACCUCUACAGAUGAGAGCAGAAUGAGACUCGAAGGACUUGUACAUAACAAGUCCAUUUACACCAAGUUUUUACGAUUUUUACGCAAAUGAAGCAAUCCGAAUUCAGUUAUUCAGAGUGAAACAACAUCAAACCCUUUUCUUGGUGUCUUGCAAUUUUUUAUAUCGCAUGUAAGUGAUCGAUGAAA